AUGACUUCGGAAGGAGGAGAAGUUUCCCUGUCGAACGUCGGGGAGCUAAGGGUGGUCGACCUCAAAGAGGAGCUCAAGAGCAGGGGCUUGGCCACCGAUGGCAAGAAGGCGGUUUUGCUGGAGAGGUUGACGGAAGCGCUUGGAUCGCCUACCACAGCAGCGCCGACAGAGGACGCCAGCCAGGUCGGAGCAGCCGUAACGGAGGGCGAUCUAGCUCAGGAGGUGGGCGAGCCGACCGAAAACGGCGAGGCCGACGGUGGAGCGGCGGGCUCCUCGGGAGAGGGUGACCGGGAUGCAGCCGCAAACGGCAAUGGUGCUGCCAGUGGCGACAGCAGCAGCAACGGCAACGGCGGCGCAGCCGUCGUCGCGGCAGAGGCUGCGACCGAGGCUGCUGCGGAGGGUGCGACCGGGGGCAGCGAAAGCGGUGGCCUGGAGGCCAUGGACGUACAGCCUCAGGAGAAGGAAGAUGCUAACGACGAGACAGGAGAUCUCGCCGCCUUUGUGUCUAGCAUGGAGGACGGCGGGGAAGCAGCCGAGAGUGCCGUUGCUGCGGAGUCGGGAUCAACGCCAACAACGGAAGCAGACGCUGCCAGGUCCGCGGCCGCAGCGGAGGCAGCGGAGGCGGAGGCGGCAGCGGCAGCAGCCGUAGACGCCUUGAUCCCCACCGCUGGCGCAACAGCAGCUCCGGAAGACUCGCCGGAAGCGACAGGGGCACCGCCAGCUGAGGCACCGACUGCGGAAGCAGCUGAAUCAACCCCCGCUCCAACUCCCUCUGCUGCGGCUGAAUCAAGUACCUCUGCUGAUGUUGCCAAGAAGACUGCUUCGCAGUUUAGCUUCGUGCCGGCCGCCAUCGAGACCCCCACGGCCCGCGCGCCGCCCGCCUCGGAAGACACUUACGCCUACGAAGAGGAGCAGGAACGCCUCACUAUGCUGAAGAACCUGCACCAGCCCAUGCGGAAGUGGUUCAACAAGGAUGGCGGAGCCGCAAUGCGAGAACGUUACGGGAAUUUUCCCAUGUUCUGGCAGGGUGCGGCGGCGACGGCGGAGGCGGGGGCCGCAGGGGAGGAGGGGAACAAGAAGAAGAGGAAGAAGAGGUGGGGAGAUGUGCGCAAGAACAGGUUCGCGAGCAAGAACGACGAUGAGGCGGAGAGCGCCCCUCCUCCCAACAAGCGAAAAUCGAGGUGGAGUUCCGAAGGAGACGCGCAGGCCGUGGCUUUGCCGGGGGCAGGGGUAUCGAAGAACAUUCCCGGCAUGCCCGUCAACUUGACCCAGGAGCAGAUCCAAGAGAAUCUGGUGUUGCACAUGAGACUGCAGCAGGCGAACGAAAAGCUUGCUACGGUGGAACAGGACGCCAUCGCCCGAAGCACGGACCCGGACAGAUCUCCGUCCCCCCCUCCCCGCUACGACGCGAACGGUGUUCGAACCAACAACCGCAACGUGCGCAUGAGGGCGAGCCUCAACAGGGAGCGGACCAAGGUCAUCGAGGAGAUGAUGAAGCUCAACCCCAUGUUCAAGCCUCCGGCGGACUUUGUGAAGACCAAGCCUCACCGGAAGCUGUAUAUCCCUACCGACGAGUACCCGGGCUACAACUUCAUCGGUCUCAUCAUCGGACCUCGGGGCAACACCCAGAAACGCAUGGAGCGAGAAACGGACUGCAAGAUCGCUAUCCGAGGCAAGGGUUCCGUCAAGGAGGGGGCUCGCCGCGGUCCAAUGGCCAUCGACGAGGAUGACGAGCUGCACGUCUACGUCUCGGGCGAAACCGAAGAGGCCGUCGAGAAGGCGGCGAAGGAGGUUGGGAAGCUUCUCCGACCGCUGGAUGAUGAGCAGAACGAGCACAAGCAGAAGCAGCUCCGAGAGCUCGCUCUCAUCAACGGCACUCUCAGGGAGGAAGACUACUGCAACAUCUGCGGAGAGAAGGGGCAUCGCCAAUUCGAGUGCCCCAAGCGCGCCCAGACCCGCUCGGCGACCGUUGAGGUGCGGUGCGCCCUGUGCGGAGACACUUCCCACCCUACCCGAGACUGCUUGCUCCACAAGUCCAAGGCCCAGGGGCAGCCGGGCCACGAAGCCUCCCUGGACAAGGAGUAUAUGAGCUUCAUGGCAGAGCUGGGAGACGGCGGCGGUGGCGGUGGCGGGGCCACCGGCGCGGCGUCGGCUCCGCAGACCGGCCCCCGCCCCACUCCAACCUCUUCCGCCGCAGCCGGCGGUGGCGGUGGUGCCAGUGGCAAAGCCGGGUUUGUCAGUUCGGGUGGCCCGAAGGCAAACCACUAUGUUUGGACGCCGCCGACCGCCCCCGCGGCGGCGCCGGCCGCGACGCCCGCCUCCGGUUCGGGCGGCGGAGGCGGAGGCGGAGCGGCGGCGGCGGCGGCAGCGGCGGCGGCGGGUAAGCCUCCACCCAUCGUCACACACCACACGUGGACACCGCCCACACCCGGGAAGCAGCCGACACACAGCAGCAGCAACGGAGGCUAUCAGGCGGCGCCGCCGCUACGGCAGCACCGGUCUCCGUUCUCCACGAAGCCCCCGGCUGGAGGUAGCGCUGGCGCUGCGGACGGCGCUCCGCUGCUUCCACCCCCGCCGCAACCCCCCAUGGCGCCCCCGGUGCCGCCCAGCGGGAUUAUGCCCCCCCCGCCGCUGCCGCCGCUGCCGCCGGUUCCGCCCACCCCUCCGUCGUCGGGGAGUUCGACCAAAAGCAGCAACGGUGGGAUGCCAGCACCCCCGAUGGCUCCCCCCUCCGCCACCUCCGCCGCAGCCCCCGGCACGGGCGCGUAUAGCUUUGUGCCCCCCCCGCUGCCGACGCCUGCUCCGACACAAGGAAUGUACAGUCAGCAGCCCCCCCCACCGUUGCCCCCGGUAGUGGGCGGAUAUGGUGGCUAUCCGCCGGUCCCCCCGGUCCCGCCGGUGCCACCGUUGCCGCCGACGGCGCCGUGGUCGGGAGCGGCGCCGCCGCUGCCUCCUUCCUCGUCGGAUCCUAGUGGAUACGUCCCCCCGCCCCUGCCCCCAAGCAUGCCCGGGGCUCCCCCUACGUGGCCCCCUAGCCUGCCCCCACCGGGAUUCCAACCCCCACUCCCGGAGGCUGACGCUAAUACAAGCAAGAGCAACGAUAACGGCGGACAUUUUGCAGGUGGCGGGGCCCCUCCGCUGCCGCCCCCUUUGCCGGGACAGCCGCCUCUCCCUCCGGCGUAAGUCUUGACGGUGAUGGAUGACACCGCUGUUUCGGGCGACUAGUAGGUCCCGGCUGUUGGUGAGCAACGGCAGCGGUCCACGAUCAGAGCGUGUUCGUGGCCGGGUAAAUUUUGCCACGGGCCAUGUUGGUUAUGUCGUGCCCCAACAAGAGCUUGUCUGGGUGAAACAACGGGUCCAUCCUCGAUGAGACACCCAUGUCCAUGGUGUCAGUUUUGUCCAGCAGCCAGAAAAAGUCUGUUGUCAGCUGAGUGGCGGCACAUGCUGAGUGCGUCUCGGAGUGAAUCAAUGGGCCCAUCCUCGCUGAGGAGUUGACGUCCGCGUUACCCAGUUUGUUCCAGCAGGCAAAAGCAGUCUACUCUGAAGUUGAAUGGCGGUGGUCGCCUACGUGUGUGGUGGAUGGUCGCCUGGCCAUUUUUGCUCAGUUGUGGAAGAACACCAUUCCGUGCGGCCAAGUCCGGGUCUUGCCGUAGAGGCCAACGGCGAGAAAAGAUGUCACAGGUAGCGUCUCGGUGUGCAAAGUCUCGCCAAGCUGCAUAUGAAAAGUGUCUGCUACCGCUGCGUGCUCGUUCCACUUUCAUUCCAUGUGAUUACUUCGUGUCAUGCGAUGACGAGAGUAGGAAGGAGGGUGGCGGAGAAGGUAGAGCAGGGCCUCGAAAGCAGAAAGCUAAACGAAAGAUCGUGGUUGGCUCGAAACGCUGUAGUUUGGUUCAGCAUGCGGGUAGAUAUGGUGCCCGGUAGUUACAGAAUGUAUGAUAGGUUUGAAUUGCAAGUAAUAUUUC